AUGCUCAUACAACCUCAUUUGAAUGGAUAAUAAGGUUCCUCAUCUAGAUCAAUGUCAAUAUCCAUGGAUGAUUCUAUCAAUAUGUAAAUCCAACCAAUUGUGUAAAAAAUGACUGUUGUUAACUCACAUUAACUAUAAGUGCGAAAACCAUCUAAUCAACCUCAAGAUAACUUACGUUCACCUCCUACAACUAGUGUAACUCCAUAAUUAGCCUCAGAAUAACCUCCUCAAAAUGACUUGAAAGAUUUGCUUUUAAUAAAUGAAGAACCAAGCAUCAAAGAAUAAUCAAUGUAAAUAAAUCCAGAACCAAAAAAGAUGAACAAAACAAUUAAGAAUAAUGUAAGUAAUGCAGAAUUAAUUAUUGAUGAAAAACCAUAGAACUCUUAUAGUAAUGUUUAAUGGAGUAGAUUAAUGACAUCUAAAACUAGUGUCACUCAUCCUUCAUUCUAAUUAAAUUACCUUUAAGAUAAGGCUGCUGAAUUCUCUUUUAAUGUAUCUUCACUUUAAUGGUUCAAACCUAAAAAAUAAAAUACAUACUAUUAUUUAAGUAGUGCUAUAUAUAGUGCUUAUUUAAGUUUUUUCAUUACAAUUAUGUUAGUCGAUUUAGAAUAUGGAUUCUAUAAGCAACCAAUUUAUUAAGUCAUUCUUAUGGCUUUCUUGUUAAUAGAUAUUUUUAAUUAGAUUCUUUUCAUUCAAUUCAAAGAUGGAGAAGAAAUUAAUAGAAUACAAGAUCUAAUUGCCAGAUAUUGUAAAUAUUAAUAUAUAUUUGAUGUCUUGGCUGUAGUUCCUAUUAUUUUUUGUUUUUUAUCAGAAAAUAUACAUGUGAUAUAAUUAUUUCAUCUUGUUAAUAUUUGGAAAAUCAAGAGAAUUUUAUAUGAAUUGUAAAUACUCUACGGAAAAGUUGCAUUAUAUAUUUAUUAUAUUUUAGAAUUUCAUUUCGUUUAAUUUAUAGCUUUGUCUAUAAUUCAAUUAUAAUAAGAUAAUCAUAUAAACUAUUUUGAUGAGUUCAUUGUGUUGUUUUAUAGAUAGGAGAGUGCCAAUGUUCUUACUUACAUUGUAAGGAUUCUCAUUCUAAUAUAUUAUUGUUAUUGUAUUUUAAGAUUCAAUACAAAAGACAAGUGGAAACUGAAUCAAUUUUCAAUUCAAAAUAAUACCAAAUAAUAAAUUAAUGCAUAUAUAAAUAAAUUAAAUAGCUAAUAAACAGUUGAUCUCAAUUUCCUAGACUAUUUACCUCAAACUUAAGUUUAGGAUUUCAGAUAUUAAAGAUAUAUGCAUAUGUUAUCUACAAUACCCAUAUUUAAGUCUUCAUUUUCAGAAAAAACUCUUAAGGAAAUUUGCAACCUUAUUUAAGAAUACACUUAUAAUCCUAAUCAAACUAUACUUCUUUAAUAGACUUCAAAUUAGCAAUUAUAUUUAAUUAUGUCAGGAGAAGUCAGAAUCUCUUAGAGAACAGAAGGAACAACACAAAAUUGUGAAUUCAAAUUAAAAAAUUUAAGUGAAGGAUAAAUGUUUAACAACAAGGCUUUCUUCAAGAAUUCAUACUCAAAUAUAUGUGCAACUUCAAUAGGUUAUUCAUAAAUUGCUUAAUUGGAUCUUGAAAGAUUUUAGGAGUGCAUAAAACAUCAUUAUUAGGAGAAGCAGAAAUACAAAAUGAUGUUAGAUUAGAUAGUAAUGCAAGAGUUUUAUAGUUAUUGUUUGAUGCGUUGUUAUGCAUGUGGAAAAUUUCAUGAUAUUGAUGAAUGUAAUCAUGUACAUUAUGUUCCUAAGAAAUCUUUUUUAGUUUCUUAUAUCCAAUCUAAUGAUGUAUAAAUAAGACAUCCAAUCAAAAGAAUCAAAAGGAAACAAAAGAGAAGUAAAUCAUACAUGUUGAAAAUAGAAGAAAAUGCUUUACUUUAUUAACAAUUAAAUAUUGAAUCUGAUAUAUCUGAUGAUCAUCGCCAUUAAGAUGAGAUUAUCAGUAUUCAACAAUAGCAUUAUUUGCGUGAAGUAACAAAUCCAUAUACUGAAAGAUAAAACUCAUUAUAGCAAUCUUAACAUACUCCUCAUAUGGCUUCAUAGUAAUCUUUACGAGAAUCAUUAUAAUCUCAAUAACAACCAGGUCAUUAAUUAAUGGAUAUUCCAAAUAUAAGUCCAGUACAAUAUAUUCAACAACCUCCAAGUGGAAUUUCACAUAGUUCUUAUGCAUAAUUAUUGAAGGAAGCAUCAGUGAAUAGAAAGAAUUUUAAUGGAUCUUCUGAUAAAAAUUCUAGUGGAAAUGUAUUUUCAUUACCACACAGUAGUAAUGGAAGCAAAACAAAUAAUGCUAUGUAAAAUAAGGAUAAAGAGGAAUUAAUAAGUAUCUAAUUGAAGAAAGCAAAAUUGCAAGACAGUGUAUAUUAUCAUUAGAAGAGGAUACAGAAUCAAAUUGAAAGUGAGGGUCCACAUACUCCAUCUAAAUAUUAGAAAUAUCAUACAACUGCACCAUAAUAAUAGUAGACUAAGACUUAUAGAUCUGAUCGUAAAUCUAAUUCAUGUAUUUCUGAAUCUGAAAAAGGAGAAUAUUAAGUACAACAAUAAUAAUAAGAUAAACCACCAUCUAAAUAUGGUAUCACUUCUUCAAAAUUUACAGGUGAAACUGCUAAAUAAUUUAUGAGAAAUCCUCUGGAAAUGCCUAAUAUUGAAUUCUACUAAUCCUUUGAAAAGAGUAAUUAGUUUAGUGAUUACUUCCCAUAAUACAAUGUUGAUUAAGCAAUAUAAAGCUAUAAACAAUAUUAAUAAUCAAGAUCUAGUGCUAAUAAAUGA